AUGGAGCAAACCCUGGACUUCAAGUCCUUGCAAGAACAGGUUCAGGCUUCAUUGAUUGCAACCACUCGGACCACAGGCCAAAUAUCCUCCGAAGACCUUGCAUUUCAGCGCUCCUUGAAUCGCGAAGUUGGGACCGCUCUGGAUGAGCAAAGCAAUCGUUUGCUUGACCUAUCUUCCCAGUUGCUCAAGUCUGCCACUUCGAUCUCAGACCUGCGGGCACCGGCCCUUGAAGAGCUUGAUGAUGUGGAAAACAAUUGGCGGAGCGUGGUGGAUGUUAUUGACUCCCUCCUGGAGAAGACGGACACUUGCUUGGAUGAAUACACGGGCAUGAUCAAGCGCAAGGAGCAAUCGCCUGCGGAUCAGGCAACAUCGAAUCAGAAGAAAAACACCACUUCCUUGGGCAAUGCCUUUCGGAACCAGAACCUUGUCAAGCCGCAGCUUGCUUUCGAUAUCAAACCAGACAACCAAGACACCUCGCCAUGGAAACCGCUUCUCACCUCGAAGCCCCACGCCACAGUACCUUUGGAGGAAAGCCUUGGCAUAAUAACGAAUGAUUACGACCAGAAGCAGUAUGACUACACCACUUUUCUUCCGUUACUUGUUCUCCCAUCGCCACCUACUUCUCUUGAGGGCUUAAGCAAGUCACAACAAAGAAAUCGAAGACAGAGUUUCAAGAAGCAUGUCGACAAGUAUAAGCAGAUGGGCAGCACAAUGUUAGGACAAGAGCUUGGCAAUUCGGUUUACCAGAGAGCAGAGCCGAUCAUGUACCAACCGGUUGAUACCACUGAAGCUACCUGGGUUGAUACUGAAGAGGGUGUGUUGAAAAUGCUCGGGGAUCUCAAGGGUGCAAGUGAAAUCGCCAUUGAUCUGGAGCAUCACGAUUCUCGAAGUUACGUUGGUCUCGUCUCACUAAUGCAAAUCAGCAUUCGCGGCAAAGACUGGAUUGUAGAUACCCUGAAGCCUUGGAGACAUAAGCUACAGGUUCUUAACGAAGUCUUUGCGGAUCCCAAAAUUAUCAAGGUCUUUCAUGGUGCUUAUAUGGACAUUGUCUGGCUUCAAAGAGAUCUUGGACUCUAUGUGGUUGGCUUAUUUGAUACACACUGGGCAAGUAAAACUCUAGGCUACCAAGGAGGAAGCUUAGCCUUCUUAUUGAAAAAGUUCAUUGACUUCGAUGCGGACAAGAAAUAUCAGCUAGCCGAUUGGAGAAUUCGACCCCUUCCACAGGAAAUGUUCUUCUAUGCGAGAGCAGACACGCAUUUCCUUCUCUACAUCUACGAUAACAUGCGUAAUGAACUGUUAGAUAGAACAAAUCCCGAUGUGCCUGACGAAAAUCGCAUGGAAAUGGUUCUUCAAAAGUCAAAAGAGGUCUCCCUGCUACGUUACGAACGCCAAAUUUACAAUACAGAAAGUGGCAGAGGUCCUGGCGGAUGGUACCCACUGCUUGUGAAGACGCCAGCGCUUUUCAACAAUGAGCAAUUUGCAGUAUUCAGGGCUAUUCACGAGUGGCGGGAUCAGAUCGCACGGGCGGAUGAUGAUAGCACAGCAUUCUUGAUGCCAAACCACGUUAUAUUCAGUAUUGCAAAGGUGAUACCCACAGACCAAAUUGCUCUGCUUGGGCUCGCUCGACCAAUAUCACAUAGCGUAAAGUCUCGCGCUGGCGAGUUGCUGAAUGUGAUUAAGACUGCAAAGGCCAAAGGAAAAGAUGGUCCAAGCAUGAUGGAUGCUCUUCGUCAUGACACAACAAAAGCCAACGUUCCAUCUUUAGCUGGCAAGGCCAAAACUCAGUCCCCGACAUCCGUACCACUGGUCGCAGUAGUAGAUGGAGAUGACCUACGCAGCUCGAGCUCUACGUUUUGGGGCGGUGCAUUUGGAAGCAGCAUCUGGGACGAAUCAACCCCCACAAAACUAGGCGCAGAGAUCAGACUUGCCGUCCCACUACCACAACUAUCACCCAACAUCUUUCAAUCCUCCAAUGAUCCAUUCUCACAACAAGCCUCUUUACCAACCACCACUUCCUUACCAAUACAGCCAAGCAAAGCAGUACCGAAAUCAGACGAACCAUUCGUUUUGAAACGCGGCACUAAACGGAACAGCGAGAAUAUAUCUGUAGCUGACUCUGAUGAAGAGGGAGAGGGAGAGGACAGCGACUACGACAUAUCAUUCUCCAGCCCCUCGGACGCUACCGCAAUCCAAAAAGCCCCGAAAAACCCGAAAACCAAUCAUCCUGGCCCACUAACGAAGAAAGAAAAGAAGAAGCUGAUUAGAAAGGAAAGAAAACUUGAGAAGGAAAAGGCUGCCGCUAGUGCCGAAGCAUCGAGACCAACUAGUGACGCAGUUGAGGAUGAGGAUGAAGAAGAGCCAUUCGAUUAUAGCAAAGCGGAAUCAGUGUUACAUGCGAAGAGGAAGAAUGAUAAAGGGGGAGGAGAGGGUGGUAAGAACAAGAAGCAGAAGCCGUUUGAUCCGUAUAGCAAGAGUGAGAAUGCGGCUAAAGGGAUGAGGAGGGCGCAGACAGAGAGGCCAGGAAGGAGUCAUACAUUUAAGAAUUGA